CAUCCCGAGCGGUCGCGCGUAUCCCUCCUCCUUCCACCUCCGCCGCCGCUGCGGCUCGAAAUAAAGACCCGGGGCGAGCAAAGAGCGUUACGAAAUCCUCGUCCCGGAUACACCGACACAGGCCCCGCCCUCCUCGCCGCCUCCCCCCGCUUCCGGAGCCGUCCUGUUCCUCUGUGUGAGUGCCGGUAGGGGGGGGAAUCCUGAGGCCUGAGCGCUUCUCAUCGGCCAGAGCCCGGCUUGUCUGGACUAUUUUUUCUCCGGGCCAGAGCGGGCAGGAAGAUGGCGCCCGAGUACUGAGAGAGAGGGGGACGGAGCGGCCUGGUGCCUGGGAGGGGGAAGAAAAACGACAGGAAGAGGCGACAUUGGAGACGGACGGAGCAGUGGGCCGGCUGAGCCGGGGCAUGGAGUGAUUCGGGCCGCGGGAGGCCGGAGCUAUACACCGGAGAGGGAAGGGCCGCGCUGUGUCCGCUGACCGGGAGAGAUGGGGCUGUGCCUGGCCCGGCCGCUAUAGAGGUCUCCCUCAAAGGGACAGUUCCAGUAUUUUGGCCAGGGAUGGAUGAUCAGAAACCAUCCAGCGAGGAUAAGGAAUCUGAAGCAUCAGCUGAUGAAAAUGGCUCUGAUGUGGCCUGUGAAGCAGAGGAGCCUAGCAGUCCAUCUUCAAUCAACCCAUCUCUAGAGGAUGGUAUUCUCCCGGACUCGCGGUGUAGCAGUGGUUCUUUUACAAGGCGUUGUGCUUUGUGCAAUUGUGGUGAAUGGAGCCCCCAGGGAUAUCGCAAACUCUUAAGAUUUGAUCCUUCACCCAGCCGCCCACAACUAAAUCCAGCCCUCUGUCGGAAGCAGGAGAUUGGCACUCCAUGCUUGGACCCAACUGUAAUUGGUUUUGAAGAGUCUGUAUUACCAGAGGAGCUUUUUGAACCCUCAGGACAUUGCUGGGUUCAUUAUUGGUGUGCGUUGUGGUCGCAUGGAGUCCAGAAAGUGGAAGGGACUGGACUUGUUCAUGUUGAUAAAGCUGUAUUCUCAGGGAUAUCACAGAAAUGUGAAUACUGUAAUCGGAUGGGUGCUACCAUUCAGUGCCACUCCACAGGGUGUUUGCACCGAUAUCAUAUUCCAUGUGCUGCCGCAAGUGGAUCCUUCCAGUCAAUGAAGACCUUAAAACUGCUGUGCACAGAACAUGUUGCCGAAGCUGUUGCAAUGGAUGAUUCUCGAUGCAUGCUUUGUGGCAAGCCUGGUGACCUCACAGAUCUCUUGUUAUGCACCAGCUGUGGAUUACACUAUCAUGGCUCCUGUCUUGAUAUCACAGUAACGCCACUGAAACGCUCUGGUUGGCAGUGUCCUGAGUGUAAAGUGUGCCAAACGUGCAGGAAACCUGAUGAGGAAUCCGCGAUGUUGGUGUGCGAUGCCUGUGAUCAAGGUUAUCACACCUUUUGUCUAAAGCCAGCCAUUGAGGAUCUGCCAACAGGUUCUUGGAGGUGCAAGAAUUGUAGAGUGUGUCGCAGCUGUGGUUGUUGGGCUUCACAGAUGGACCCUGGUAGUCCAUGGUAUGAGAACUAUUCGGUGUGCAAGAAAUGCCAAGAGAAAAGGAGUCAAUCGCUGAUCUGUGUACAUUGUAAUCAGUCUGGCUCAUUGGAGAACAUGCGACAGUGUUCUACGUGCUCAAAGUUCCAUCAUAUACAUUGUGUGCAAAGGUCUGGCUCUCUAGUACCCACAUGUCCGGCAUGCGUUAGGCUGAAAUCUGUUGAACAAAAGAAUGAGGAACAGGACAAGGGCAGCGAGAUACAGGACACAGCCCUGUCAGAAUGUGAAGCCAAACCACUAGAUGUUUUAACACCAGAAGAAGAUGAGCUGGGCAUCUCCGACAAUGAAGCAGCAGAAGCUCCAGAGAUGCUUCCUGAUACUCCAUUACUGCUAACUGAAUUCAGAAGUCCACCACCACUGGAGGCAGAGGCAUCACCUCAGGAGAGGGUUAUAGAUACUUGUCCAUCACCUGAGGAGGCUCCUGUACUUGUGACAGUGGAAGAUGAGGAUAUGGAAGUUGAGGAAGAAGGCCUUAGUAAAACGCAAGCAACAACAUUAAAUGUACAAUUGGAUUCACCAAAUCCACCUCUUAAGACGUCAUCAUUAAUACCUUCUGUCACCGAUAGGACUCGGGUAGAUACCUCAGUAACUGAGGACAUACAUCUUAUGGAUUCUGGGAGUGGAGACUGUGGGAUUUCCUACAGUCCUACAAGGACAAGAGAGGAUAGUUUGGAGCAGCCAUCUGCUUUGGAUUCUGAAAUGAUUGUCGACUCUGAGGAGCCUCCUUUUAAGGCUGAAACUGAAGCAUUCGAUAUCGAUAACACAGUAGGUCAAGAAGCUGUUGGGGACUUUUCUACUGGCAGAGCUCGUACUCCAAUUAGAUGCACUAUCAUAAAGUCAGACAUUAUAAAUGAGAUUUCCAAUCUGAGCCAAGGAGAUACUACCAGUAGCUAUCAUGGCUCAGAUGCUUUAUGUUCACCUGACCCUGAGGGCGGGUCCCUCUCUAUGGAGAUGUGCUUGCAUAAGGAAGACGGGUCUCUGAGGCUGUGCACAGACUCUAUGCCAGAGACGGAUGACUCUCUGAUAUAUGAUCCUUCUAUUGGGAGACUGGAUGGAGAGAAGUCAAGACGUAAGAGUUCUCCAGGACGGUCAAGAGUAAAACAUGGCCGAAGUAGCAGCUUUCCUGGAAGAAGGCGACCUCGUGGAGGCAGUGGUGCUGGCAGCAGCCGAGGGCGAGGAAGAUCAAGGUUAAAAUCCACAACCUCUUCCAUUGAGACAUUGCCGAUGGCAGAUGUUGAAAGUUCUCCUGGCAAGGAAGAAGAGGAGGAGGAAGAUGAUACCAUGCAAAACACAGUGGUGCUGUUUUCCAACAAUGACAAAUUUGUACUCAUGCAGGAUAUGUGUGUGGUUUGUGGCAGCUUUGGACGCGGCUCGGAAGGGCAUCUUUUGGCGUGUUCCCAGUGUUCUCAGUGCUAUCACCCAUAUUGUGUAAACAGCAAGAUUACUAAAGUGAUGCUGCUGAAAGGUUGGCGUUGCGUGGAGUGCAUUGUCUGCGAAGUGUGUGGCAAGGCCACAGAUCCCUCACGCUUGCUUCUGUGUGAUGAUUGUGACAUCAGUUACCACACUUACUGCCUGGACCCACCUCUCCACACUGUACCCAAGGGUGGCUGGAAAUGCAAAUGGUGUGUUUGCUGCAUGCAGUGUGGAUCUAUUAGCCCAGGCUUUCGUACGGAUUGGCAGAAUAACUAUGCACACUGUGCACCCUGUGCUAGUUUGGUUAGGUGCCCAGAUUGCCAUCUCAACUACUUAGAAGGUGAUCUCCUGAUACAGUGUCAGAACUGUGAAAGGUGGCUCCAUGCUGUGUGUGAGAACCUGUUUACAGAAGAUGAGGUAGAACAGGCAGCAGAUGAAGGCUUUGAUUGUGCAGCUUGUCAGCCAUUCAUUGUGAAACCACUCCCUCCUAUAAUCCUUCCACCCAGCCCAAUAAAGUUUAAGGAGCCAAUAGAGCCUCAGUAUUUCCGAUUUGAAGGCGUUUGGCUGACAGAGGCUGGAAUGGCUUUACUGCGCAGUCUUACCUUAUCUCCCGUCCAGAAAAAGAAACCUAGGCGCUCUCGGCUAAGUACUGGUGGAGAGAUUUUCUUGGAUGGCCCAGAGCAUGGGGCAUCUGAGGAAAGAAAGUAUGACGCAGAAUGUGAAGAGCAGAAGGCAGAAGGGUGCAAUAACGAAUCCAUGGAGUGUGAGAUCAAGCUAGAACCUCCUGGCAGCCCUGACCGAGAAGGUGGAAAGGAAAUGGAGAUGGGAAAGGGAAAUGAAGAUUCUGAAGAUGUAAAAAAAAAGAAAAGAAAGCCGUAUAGGCCAGGUAUUGGUGGCUUCAUGAUUAGACAGAGAAAAACCCAUACACGGUCAAAGAAAGGGCAUGCAGCUUUCUUGGAAGCCUUCCGUGAGAGCCAAGGCCAAGACCAGACUCAUCCAGAUGAUGUUCUAGAGAUACCUGCAGAAGGUGUUGCUGAGCCAGGACCUACAGAAGCAGAGGAGAAAAAGAAACGAAGAGGGCGAAAGAAGAGCAAGCUUGAAGACAUGUUCCCAGCGUACCUUCAGGAAGCCUUUUUUGGGAAGGAACUGAUGGAACUGAGCAAACAAGCUCUUCUUGCUGCUCGGCCUGUACCUCAGAAGACAAAAAGUGUGCAGAGCAUACAGUGUCCAGCAUCCGUUGCUACAGCUCAGAGUUCACAACCCCAGCAGCCAGGCACGGCUGAUGCUGUACCACCUGCUUCAAACUCUGCAUUGCCUCAUGAAGAUUCAGACAGCAGUGAAACAAAAACAGAAAAUCCAGAGAUACCCAAGAUGGAGAACUCAGACAUUCAAGAACUGUUGAAGGAUGUUCUUGGUACUGUAGACCAUGAUCAGCCUGUGAAUAGCUCAGCUGGCAGAAAUGAAGGCGCGCCAACCAGUGGAUCAGUAAGCCAAAGACCCUUUACUCAAGGUGCAUCUAUGGCUUCUAGCUUAAAGAUUGAACCUUUUGCUCAGUCUGGCUUCUUGGACAACAGGGAUAGAAGUGGCUUCUUCAGUCCUGAGAACUGUGACACUGAUGGCUCAUGGACCACAGCUUCCACCCCAACUACACCAACCACAGAGGGUGAGGCUGAUGGCCUCUCCUACAAUCAACGUAGCUUACAACGCUGGGAAAAAGAUGAAGAACUAGGGGAGAUGUCAACAAUUUCACCUGUGCUGUAUGCAAAUAAAAACUUUCCUAAUUUGAAAAAGGACUACCCAGAUUGGUCGAGUCGAUGCAAACAGAUCAUGAAGCUUUGGAGGAAAGUGCCAGCGCAAGACAAAGCUCCUUAUUUGCAAAAAGCCAAAGAUAAUCGUGCGGCACAUCGCAUAAACAAGGUACAGAAGCAGGCUGAAAGUCAGAUCAAUAAGCAAUCCAAAGUAGAAGGUGUACGGAAGGCAGAGCGCCCAGUGCUUCAGCUUCAGAUGCCAUUGCAACCAGGGUCCCAGACGGCAGUGAAUCCAGAUCUCUUUAUAUCUAGUGGCUCUGCAGUGUCUACCUCUUCGGACUUAUUUUUGAAACCUUCAUCGGCUAGCACUCCAGGAACUGAAUCUUCUAAUGACAUGUUUUUCAAACUGCCCCCUCAGUCACCAUCACAAGAGCACUUUCCUACUUCACCUGCAUAUUCACUGGACCCCCGAUAUCCGUCUUCCAUCACACAGUCUCCAGCAUCUAGUGGAGGCUUUCAGACUCUUUCUGGGACAGAGCUUCAAAAUUCACUGAAUACACAGAAUACAACUCAAAACAUGGAAUACCAGACUUGCCAUUCAUCCACUCCACAUCAUCAAACCGAGUCCUUCAUCCAGCCACGCUACUCUACAGGAUCACUUGAUAAUCUUUCAUUGGUUGGAAGUCCUGGAUCAAGGCCUUGCCAGCAGUUUGAAAUCAAAAUUGAGCCAAUGAUGUCUCCUACUCGUUACAUAGAUUCAAAGAGACAGACUGAUGGAGCUCUUCAAAUUAAGAAAGAUGAUGUUGGAUCUCCUAGUUAUUCACAUUGUACAGGGUCUGAUGGAGCAAAUGAGAUGAAAUGUGAUGUGUUCAAAGCACCCCUAACCCCUCGUAUGUCCCAGAUGGAACCUCACAGCCCUGCUCCAUCACACAGAGAUGCACACAUGCAAGUACAGGUGGCAUCACCACAGCAUCAUUCAGAAAUGUAUAGACAAACUUCCACAACCCCAUACACAGAUCCUUACUCCCAACCACCUCUAACUCCUAGACCUCAGCCUGUAGAAGGUAUAUUGGCUUCUCGGCCACUGUCUUCUGAUCCUUUCACUCGUGUUCCUACAAGCCCCCAGUCACAAGGGAGCUCCCAGUCACCUUUAACGCCUAGACCAUUGUCAACUGAAGCUUUUUGCCCAUCCCCAGUCACUCCACGUUUUCAAUCUCCAGACCCAUACUCUCGUCCACCUUCCCGGCCACAGUCUCGGGAUCCGUUUGCCCCUCCUCACAAACCACCUCGUCCUUCAGUUAUGGAAGGUGGGUUUAAACCAGCAGCACAAAUGUCUCAUGCUUCUGGCAGUACAAACUAUCCACAGUCUAUGGAUGCCCAUACCAAAGUACAGGCAAGCCAGCAGCAGGCUUCUAUGUUUGCUCGAUCUCCUGGAGCCAAUGUGUAUCAGAGUUCUCAAAACCAAUCGUGCUUCACUUUUCCUCAUUCUCCUGGAGAUGGUGUGAAAAGUUCUCCUUCUCACCAGCCCCAUUUAACUCCUUCCCAUUCAACAAGCAGUCAUUUUGCCCCAAGCAAACCACAAUGUUAUACCUCUCCCAGUGGCAGUACGGCUACCUCCUUUCACCCUGCUGGUAGUCCACACUCAUCUGGAAAUAGUAGCACUUCAGAACUCUAUGCUCAGUCCCCACUCCGUCCUCCUUCAGUAUUACCCCAGGAAGCACCUUAUCAGUCCCCAGCUUCUAGCCAGCGCACAGGCCUUAACUCUCCGGCAGAGAAACAAAGGGAAGAUAUUGCUUCCAUUCCUAAUUCUCUUGGCAGUACUGUUAAGGAAGUACCAGAGCUACAAGGAACACCUGAAGCUGCUCUUAGCAACCUCAGCCAGUCUGAACAGGAGAAACAAAGACAGCGUCAGAGGCUGCGAGAGCUUCUUAUCAGGCAGCAAAUCCAGAGGAAUACAUUGAGGCAGGAGAAAGAAGCUGCUGCUGCUGCUUUAAGCACACCCCAACAAGGGUGGAGUGGAGAACCUGGUGGGCAAGGGUAUGAUCCAUCAGGGCGGCUUUCUGUGUACCCAACACAAAUUAAAAAUGAAAUUGGAGCAAUUCCGCCUUCUCCCGGUGCUCCAAAAGUUUCUGGACAAGUAGUACCAUCAUCACCAUUUGCACAAGAGGAGCGACUGAGUACAUCUUUGCCUUCACCUGCUGCUGUUGAUAUUUCUGCAAGACAUUCUUCUGAAACACCACAGGCCUUCUAUUCAAGGGGAUCUUACCCUGAUCAGCAAAAUGUCUGGCAGCCACCAGUGACAGCACAAAGGACUAUGGCACCUGUUCGGUUUCCAGAAGUUAAUCGUCCAUCACAGAGUCCUACAAUGGGCAGUGCAGGAAUAGUGCGUUUACCGUUUCCUGGAGAUCAGCUGCCCUCUUCGGUCACUGUUGGUGGAGCGCCCUAUAUUGAGCUGCGUCAUAAUCAUGGACAGAAGCUUCCAGUCAGUGGUCCUUUUUCACCACCUGGCUCUCAAAACAGGCCCCGCUUUUUUUUACCAAAUGAUGGUACCAGCUCCUUGUUAAUGACGGGUGUAAUUAGAGGUGAGGGUAAUCCUUUACAAGUACCAGUCAUAAGGAAUCAAUUGAUGCAGCCUCAGAAAAUUGUGACUGCUACUCCAUCAGUUCCUCAGGGCAGAAACAUUAUUCAUGUCCCACAAACACUUCAGACUAAAGUAGAAGCUGUUCCAGAGAUCCCUCGGCAACAAACAGGUGAUCCACCUCCUCCAGCCACCUCACAGGCUGAAAAUUCAAAGGAAGCUUCUGUUGCUAGCAUUGGGGCUAAUAGAGUACAGUGUGAGGAACCUCCAGAGCUUGAUGUUGAUUUUGAUUCACACAAAGACCUGGAAGAUGAUGAUUUGGCAAAUUUGAGCCUAGAUGUUGCUAAAGCGGACGAUGAUUUGGACAACCUUGAUAACCUUGAAACAAAUGAUCCACAUUUAGAUGAUCUUCUGAACGGUGAUGAGUUUGACCUCCUUGCCUAUACAGACCCAGAAUUGGACACAGGAGACAAAAAAGAUAUUUUCAAUGAACAUUUGCGUCUAGUUGAAUCUGCAAAUGAAAAAGCUGAAGAGGAGGCAAUGCUUAAAAUGGAUCCAGUUGUGGAGGCGAAAACAGAUGCGCUGCCAAACAAGUUACAGCAAGAUUUGCAAGAUAAAGCAAAAGUUGAAAUAACCAAAGAUAAACUAGCAGGAGGCUUAGGACUUGAUUUGGGCCCCCGCCUUGAUGGCCGUGGGAGUACUUCCCAAGUCCCUUCCAGUGUGGAAACAAAUCAGUCUUCGUACCCAGGCGAUUUAAAACCAAAGCUAGAAGACUGUGGCUUGAAGGCUAAUACCUGUCAGUUUUCUGCAAGCAAUUCCAUCAAUAUUAAAACAGAAUCAUCCCUUGGAAUGGAAAAGGUUUCACUAGGUUUAUUAAAAUCAGGACCUAGUCUUCAUAAUGCUAGUACAAAUAUUGUUCAAGCCACAAAUCAGAGUGGCUCAAUUUUUCCCAGUAAAGAUUCUUCAGUUAUGGUUAAUCCAAGCAACCUAAUAUUAGGGAAAUUUGAUUUGGAUGAAGGUCCACUAGGCAUGCAGUGCAAUCGACAGUCUCCCAGUGAUGAUCUAGAUAAGAUGGAGAGUUCUCUUGUAGCAAGUGAACUACCACUCCUAAUAGAGGACCUUCUAGAACAUGAGAAAAAAGAACAGCAGAAAAAGCAAAUGCUGACAUCCCAGCAUACAGAAGGUGUACAGCCUCAUCCAAUGUUAACCAGCUCAUCCAUGCCUAAUUCUUCAGCACCUCACCUUCAACAAGAUGGACAUCAAGCAAACUUAGUUGGAAUAGGCCUCGUACCUAGGCAUCAGGGCGCGGGUUCUGCUCCACAGCUUUUAUCUUCUCAGCAGCAAAUGCAGCAGAGACUUGGUGCACAAGCUAGCUCAACACUAGAGUCGCCCAUGCAUAUUGCAGCCAACCAGAGUCACAUGCUUGGCGGUCAACACUUGGUACAAGCUAGUGGUCAUCAGCAGCAAGCGCUUCCGCCAAAGCCAAUCUUGGGCCAGCAGAUGAUAAUGAAGCAGCAGCAACAACAGCAGUUGGUUAUGCAGCAACAGCCGCAGCAACUGGCAAACAACUUUUUCCCAGAUACAGAUCUUGAUAAAUUUGCUGCAGAUGAUAUUCUGGAUCCUAUUGCCAAGGCAAAGAUGGUUGCAUUGAAAGGAAUUAAAAAGGUUAUGGCUCAGGGUAGCAUCGGUGUCACACCAGGCAUUAAUAGACAACAAGUUUCUCUCCUUGCUCAAAGAUUAGGAGUCCCUGCACCUACAGAGUCUACCACCCAGGGGCUGCCAGGUGCUUCACAAGAAAGAAGCAACAUAGAUCCAACUCAGCCACGUCCCAACCCACCUACGUUUGUGCAAGGAAUGAUCAAUGAAGCAGACCAGCGCCAAUAUGAAGAGUGGCUCUUACACACGCAGCAGCUCUUGCAGAUGCAGUUGAAAGUCUUGGAGGAACAAAUUGGGGUUCAUCGCAAGUCCCGAAAAGCUCUGUGUGCUAAACAAAGGACUGCAAAAAAAGCAGGCCGUGAGUUUCCAGAGGCAGAUGCAGAGAAGCUGAAAUUGGUUACUGAGCAGCAAAGCAAGAUUCAGAAGCAACUGGACCAGGUGCGUAAACAGCAGAAGGAACAUACAAAUUUAAUGACCGAAUACCGGAAUAAGCAGCAGCAACAACAACAGAGCUGUGGUGUAGUUCCCAGUAGUCCCAACCAGAACUCUCGGGUUUUAACAAAGGCUCCAAGUCAAAUGAUUGCUGGACAUAGUAUGCAGCAAGCAUCUGCCAUGUCACACAACCAACUUGUUGGACAAGCUGGAGGUCUGCGUGGUCUGCAGACAAAUUUAGCCAUGCAAACACAGCAUGGAACUUCUUAUGUGAAGUCUGUAUCUCAACAUCAAGCUCAAGGAAAUAACCCAGCUCUUCCUGGAACCUCCAGUGGUUUCUACUCAACUGCUCCAAAUCUGCAAGGUCUCACCUCUGAGCAAAGGAUGAUCCAAGAGCGUCAGCUUCAACAGCAAAGACUACAAUUAGCCCAGAAGCAGCAGCAACACCAAAAUUUCCCACUGUCUCCUCAGAAUAAUUUGUCUCAAGCAAUGUUGGCCAAGCAGCAUGGACUGAUGAGCAAUUCACAUGGGCUGGUGGUACAGCAAACAGCUUCUCAAACUUCGCAGACCCUUAUAGGUCAUCCUCGGGCAUCUGCUUUACAACAUCACACAGCUCAACAGAGGCAGAUGUUGAUUGCGCAACAACGGGUUUUGGGAUCUUCACCAAUGGCUCAGCAACAAAAUAUUGUAGGGCCUCGUCUUGUUUUGUCACAACCUCAACAGAACUUGGUUGGAGUAUCUCCUCAUAUGCAGCAGCAAACAGUGCUAAGUCAAGGAGGCAAUACAUUAUCACAACUUCCAAGUACAGGACAGAUGCAGCCCACAAACCAAAACCUACCAGGUCAUCAACAAAGUGUUCACACUCAGCAAAUUAUGAAUUCUAAGGAUAUAUCUAUGACUGAUGCCUCACUGCUUCAAGAAGGUACACUUGAAACUCAAGGACAGCAACAUCAGCAAACUUCAAGCACAGGAAUUCCAGAUCCUAAUGAGUCACAGUCUGAACAGUUGAGCCAGAAUUCUUUGGGAUCCCUGAGCCAAGAAACCGAUUUGCAGCCUUUGAAGUUAUGCGAUGGGCAGCAGAUAAACCAGUCUUCUGAACAGGAGCAGAGACUAUUCAAUUCACCAAGCCCAUUGCAGCAGUCUGUAAGGCAACAGAACCUUCUUCUUUCUCCUCAACAACAAAGCCUUGGGACUCAACUACCAAAUCCUCCUCAGCAAGCUCUCAGUCAGGAGAACACACACAUGGCUUCUGUGACAUCACAACAAACAAGUGUAAUUCAGAUGCAGAACACACUGGGACAAAAUCCUGUACAAGGACCGGGAAAUGAACAGGCCAAACCCAAUGUUGGACAACUCCUCUCACAACCCUUAGGUCAGCAAAGACCAAAUCUAAGUGGGCAACAGGCUCCUUAUGCUGCUAACCUGAUGACUUUGCAGAACACCCAGCUCAUGGCACAAAUAAGGGCUCAGCUGCAGAGUAUUAUUGCAAAAAAUCCCCAGCUGAGACACUUGACACCUCAACAAUUGCACCAGUUGCAGACCAUUUUGAUUCAGCGACACCAACAGGCCCAGGCUCAAGCUCUUAGACAAGCUGCACAACAAGAUAAUGUGCAGUCUGUGGCAUCACAUGCUGGAUUGUCAAAUGGCACCCCUGGUAGUCAGACUCCGUCUAGAGGUGUUUUCUCUGGUCAACAAGUUGGAACGGUUGGGUCUGAACAAUUAAAUUAUACGGAGGAUAGCGCUUCUGUAACUGUACAGAAAAUGGCACCAGAAAACACUGCUGAAAUGCCACAGGCAAAUGAACUUGAUCGGAGCUCCUUGUUAAAAUCUCCAGGUGUCGUAAGACAUGUUGGUCAGAACCAAGAAUCUUCUGCUGCUGUCCAACAUGCUCAGACAGCAAGCUUACGUCACCUGAACCAGCAACCGCCACCUCAAUAUAGAAUGCCACAGCAAGUAUCCUCCAAUCAGCAACAGAUACCACAAUAUCAAAUGCAACAGCAAGUACAACAACAUUCACUUCAACAACAGAAUCCAGCUCAGCUGCAGCAGACACAGCAGGUUCAGACACUUCAGCAAAUACAAGCACAGCCUCAGUCAACGCAAAUGCAGCAACACCAAAUACAGCACGCUCAACAAAUCCAACAUAAGUUGCAACAAGUGCAGCAAUCCCAACAAUUCAAGCAGCAACAAUUGCAGCAACUUCAGCAAACACAGCUAGUGCAACAUCAGAUUUCACAAGCUCCACCACAGCGUCCACAAGUGCAAUUGCAACAUUUGCAACAAACUCAUCAAAACCAGAUUACACAAAUGCAACAGACUCAGCAGCAAGUACAGCAUCAGGUGCAAGCACAACCACUGCAGCAAAUUCAGUCACCACAGCAAGCACUGCAGCUGCAACAAGCUCAGCAGCAGCAGCUUCAGCAGUUAAAGCAAACCCAACAACAGCUUCAACAGUUUCAACAAAGUCAUCAGCAGACUCAGCCAUCUAUACAAACACAGCAGCAAAUUCAGCCAUCGCAGCAGGCACAACAAAUCCAACCCGUGUCACAACCUCAACAGAUGAUCCAGACACAGCAGCAGCCACAACAAACAUCACAACAAAUUCAACAGCAGAUUCAGCAGCUACAGCAUCAACUGCAGCAAAUUCAGCAAUUGCAAACACAACAACUUCAGCAGUUGCAGCAAGCGCAGCAAACACAACCAUUGCAGCAGUCACAGCUUCAGCAGUUACAACAGGCACAUCAGCAACUCCAGCAAUUACAGCAACAACAACAGCAGCAACUUCAACAGUUGCAGCAAGUUCAACAGCAGCAGAAGCUCCAGCAAUUGCAGCAGGCUCAACAACAGCUACAGCAACUCCAGCAAUUGCAGCAAACUCAGCAGCAACCAUUGCAACCCACACAGCAGCAGCAGCAGCUCCAGCAAUUGCAACAGACUCAACAGCAGCAGCUUCAGCAGCAGCAAAUUCAACAGUUACAGCAAAACCCACAACAAUUACAACUGUUACAGCAACAACUCUUGCAACAAGCACAACAGCAGCAGCAAAUACAACUUCAACAAAAACAGCAACAGGUACAGCUUGCUCAGCAAACACAGGUUUUAGAUACACAGCAAUUGCAGCAAAUGCAGCAAUUGCAGCAAACGCAACAGCAUCAUAUGCAACAAAUGAUCCAAACACAGCAACAAAUGUUGCAACAGUCACCCCUGCAGCAGGUUAAGCAACAUAUAUUGCCCCAUUUUCAGCAAACUACGUCUCCAGCUCAGCAACAUUUGCAAGGGCAACAAAAACCCCAGUUGGAUGCAACUACGCUGCAGAGUGAGGGACAGCAGGAAUUGACUCAGUUGCCACACAUACUUCAGCUUCCAUUGUCACAGCAAACCGAAAACAAGCAGCAAGAUGUACAGCAUCCUCAACAGACCGAUAUUGCACAACAAACUGAUAAGAUGCUUGAAUCCCAAAGCAAAGAACCAACCCAAUCAGGGGAACAACAUCUGGUGCAGCAACUGCCACAAAAUGAAACGCAGCAGACUCCGCAAUUACAGGGACAGCAUCUGUCACUGUCAUCUUACCCAGGGUUGUCACAACAGAUUACUAGUCAGCAACAGCAUUUGCAACAUGUCCAACAUGCACAGCAGCAAGCGCAACAGGCAUCUCAUUUGCAGCAGAGUUCACAGAGUCAAGCAGUGCCACAACUCCAGCAGCAGCCACAGACUCCAUCGACUACAGUGUUGCCACAGUUUCAGCACCAGGUACCGCAACAGCAGCAUGUUCAGCAGUCUCAACAGUUGCAGACUCAAAGCAAAAACACGCAGAUACAACUGCAACAACUUCAGAAUAUAAAAGUACAACAGCAGCUUAUUCAACAAGUAGGGACACAGAACCCACAACAGAUUCAACAAAUGGGACAAGCACAAAAUCAAAUGCAGCAGUUACAACUGAAACAGCAAGCCCAUCAUAAACAAGCUAUGCAAAUGCAAUUACAGCUACAGCAGGCACAGCAACAGUUAAAUCAGCAGCAGUCUCAUGAUGUAAAAGAUCAGUUGCAGCAAAGUGUAGUUCAGGUGCCGCAGAGGCAACAAACGCAGCCACAACAGUCUUCUCAAGGUCAGCCCCACACUGCUCAACAGUUGAAACAAAUGCAGCAACAGAAGUUACAGCAGUUUCAGCAAGUGCAACACAUCCUGCAGCUAAAACAGCAGAUGCUCAAUCAACCACCCCAGAGACAGCUUCAAUUACAGCAGCAGCUUCAAAUGCAUUUACAGCAGCUACGUCAGCAGCAAGCACAGUUACAACUUGAGGGCUUACAGGAGCCAAAGAAAGAGCCUCUUGAUCAUCCUGCUCCAUGUUCAGGAACCGCAACCGCCUCACAGCCAGAGAGACAGAGCAGUUCCCCUGAGCAACUUAUUCAAACUUCUCAGCCUAGCACUGACUUGCCUGAAGCAGCAUCCAGCCAAAGCCAAAAUUCUGAAUCUCCACUCUCUAGUACACCAACUGCUGUUGAAAAUGAAACCGCAGUUCAGGUCACUGAUGCACCAGUUACUAAAUCAACAGAGGUGACAGACUGUGACACUUCUACCAAGGAAUACAAAGAUACUGGCUCUCCCAAUGAGGUCGUUGGCCAGUCAGGCCCUGAUGACACUGAGGACAUGGGGAUAAAGACAUCAUCUCAGGAAGAAAGCAUGGAAACAGAAGAUCAGACCAAACAAGAAAUUGUUACAAAUCCUCCACAAGAAAACCGUGAAAGGACGCAGGCACCUAAGCCUCUUAAAGAAGAGUAUGUGGAGGAAGGCAUUUCUGGUAGUCAGGAUUUAAAAUGCGAAGCAAAUGGUGACCCAGCAUCUGUUGGAGUCAAAGGAGAGGCCGGGCAUCUCUUACUGCAGAAACUGCUGCGUGCUAAGACUGUGCAGCUUGCUUCACAGCGCUCUGCAGAAGGCAUUCAUUCAGACAUCAAUGGACACAUAGACAGCAAAUUGGCAGUUUUGGAGCAGAAGUUGGCAGAACCUCGUAAUAAAGACGACCCUUGUGCAAAAAAAGCUGUACCAAAGCCAAAAAGGACUCAGAAGACUAAUGAAAAAGUACCAAAUUCUCGUAAAAAGAUAAGGAGAGAGGACAGCUUAAAAUCUCCAGAUGCUAUCGUGAAGCAGCUGAAACAGGAGCUGUCUCUAUUGCCACUGGUGGAACCUUCAAUCACAGCAAACUUCAGCCUGUUUGCACCAUUUGGGAGCAGUAGUCCAGUUGAUGGCAAAAGUCCACUGAAAGGCACUUUUGGUAGUGGAGCUCUGGAUAGUAUUCCAGACUACUACACUCAAUUGCUUAGCAAGAAUAACCUCAGCAAUCCCCCUACACCACCUUCAUCACUGCCCCCAACGCCACCUCCAUCUGUGCAGCAGAAAAUGGUGAAUGGCGUAACAGCAGCUGAAGAACUAACGGAGACAAAGAAGGAACCUGAAAGCAGCGCAGAAUCAGAGGUUAAAAAAGGUUCAGAUGAGCGCAACUUGGACCUUUUGGCUGCCCUUCCCACUCCCCCACACAACCAGAGUGAAGAUGUCAGGAUGGAAAGUGAUGAAGAAAGUGAUUCUCCUGACAGCUUUGUGCCAGCUUCCUCCCCUGAAAGUAUUCUUGGAGAGGACACCCAACGGUUCCCUUCAUUGUGUGAUGUGAAAGAGGAGGAGGAGGAACGAGCUUUAUCUCCAGUGAUACCACUUAUUCCACGUUGUGCUAUACCAGUGUUUCCAGAUGUGAAAGAGGCUUUAUCUGCUCCACCAGAGUGCUCUGAAAAAAUAUUGUUGAAUUCUGCUGGAGGAGCCAUAUCGUGGGAUAAGGGCAAAGGUAGCGAGGUCUCGGUUAUGCUGACAGUAUCUGCAGCAGCGGCAAAGAAUUUGAAUAGUGUUGUUGCAGCUGUUGCUGGUCUACUGAGUAUUAAGUUACCAAAUUCCUAUGAGGUACUUUUCCCAGACAGUGGUCUGAAAACUAACGUAGAGGUGAAAAAGCCGGCAGAUCCUUCCACAGAAGGUGAAGCCACUGAGAAGGACAAACCUCAACCUGGAAAACUAGAGAACAGCACUGAUUGGUUGAAGCAACUUGAUGCUGUACUUCCUGGUUACACACUUAAGAGCGAGCUGGAUAUCCUUACUCUUUUGGCACAAGAGGAGACUGUUGCGGAAAAGCCAGUAAAUCAUUGUUAUGUUAACAAUGUGUCCAACCUGGAUGUACGUCAACUUCCUGUUUUACCUGAAGAAACAUCACCGCCGUUGUCUCCUUUUGUCCCAUCACCUGCAAGUCCUGUGGAGCCUCCUGCUGCUGAACCAGAGCCAGAGCCAGUUCCACCUCCUGCACCAAGUCCUCUGCCGCCACCUCAAUCCCCAGUCAUUGAGGAAAUAAUGGACACCAUUAAAAUUAAGCAGAGGGCACGUCCUUUGGAUGAAAGCAUGGAGGACCCACGACCAAAAAUAAAGAAGUGGAAAGGAGUCCGCUGGAAGAGACUGCAUAUCCUGAUUACCUUUCAGAAAAUUGGUUCACGUCAUUGUGAGAAAGAGGUGUGUGAGGUCAUAGAAAGAUUAGGCACCACUCUAAAGCCUGACACCUUGCCCCAAGAUCUUCGAAAAUGUUGCUUCUGCCAUGAAGAAGGUGAUGGAGCUACAGAUGGACCAGCACGGCUUUUAAACCUGGAUCUUGAUCUCUGGGUGCACCUUAAUUGUGCUUUAUGGUCUACAGAGGUUUAUGAAACACAAGGUGGUGCACUUAUGAAUGUAGAAGUGGCACUGCAUCGUGGAUUGCUUACAAAGUGUUGCCUGUGCCAGAAAACAGGUGCCACAAACAGCUGCAAUCGAAUACGUUGUCCAAAUGUCUAUCACUUUGCCUGUGCCAUUCGUGCCAAGUGCAUGUUCUUCAAGGACAAGACCAUGCUUUGUCCUGUGCACAAGUUAAAGGGAGCUACUGAGCAAGAGCUGAGCUGCUUCACGGUCCUCCGCAGGGUGUAUAUUGAGCGAGAUGAAGUGAGUCAGAUUGCAAGCAUUAUUCGGCGUGGUGAUCGUAUCCACAUGUUCAGAGUUGGUGGGCUUGUUUUUCAUGCCAUUGGUCAACUUCUGCCUCAUCAAAUGCAGGAUUUCCACAGUGUGACUGCCCUGUACCCAGUGGGAUAUGAGGCAACCCGGAUUUACUGGAGUAUGCGCCACAGCCAUCGCCGAUGUUCAUAUCGCUGUAGAGUGUGUGACAAUAACGGACGGCCAGAAUUUUCUGUACAGGUCAUUGAAUAUGGUUAUGAGGAUGUCAUUAUGACAGAUUCUUCUCCGCAGGCACUCUGGAAUCGCGUUGCAGAUCCUGUUGCACGGAUGAGGAGAGAAACUGGAAUGCUGCGCCUUUUCCCUGAGUAUCUGAAAGGAGAAGAGAUGUUUGGACUGACGCUACAUGCAGUACUGCGUAUUGCAGAGUCGUUGCCUGGGGUGGAGAACUGUCAAAACUAUCUCUUCCGAUAUGGCCGACAUCCUUUAAUGGAACUGCCUUUAAUGAUCAACCCAACUGGCUGUGCCAGAUCCGAGCGGAAGAUUAUGACCCAUUAUAAAAGAAACGUUUUUAUUAGCAAAAUAAAGCAUCAGUACAACUUAAUCAUACAGUGGCCGCAUACGUUGAACAGCACUAGCAUGUCCAAAGCCUAUCAGAGCACCUUCACAGGGGAGACUAAUACACCUUACAGUAAGCAGUUUGUGCACUCCAAGUCAUCCCAGUACCGCAGGCUAAAGACAGAAUGGAAAAACAAUGUAUAUUUGGCCCGAUCUAGAAUUCAAGGAUUAGGGCUUUAUGCUGCCAAAGAUCUGGAAAAGCACACUAUGGUGAUAGAAUACAUUGGCACUAUCAUAAGGAAUGAAGUAGCAAACCGUCGUGAGAAGAUCUACGAAGAACAGAACCGAGGAAUAUACAUGUUUCGAACUAAUAAUGAACAUGUAAUUGAUGCUACUUUGACUGGUGGGCCUGCCAGGUACAUCAACCAUUCAUGUGCUCCAAACUGUGUUGCUGAAGUGGUCACAUUUGACAAAGAAGACAAAAUUAUCAUCAUCUCUAGUCGAAGGAUACCAAAAGGAGAAGAGCUUACAUAUGAUUACCAGUUUGACUUUGAAGAUGAUCAGCACAAGAUACCAUGUCACUGUGGAGCAUGGAACUGUCGGAAAUGGAUGAAUUGAAAACCGUGAACUUAAGCUGCCUCCGGUCAUUGUGAAUAUGGUGCCCUUCAACGUAAAGCCUUUGAGAGAGUACUAAAGCACCAAGUUGUGUUUACUAUUGCUUCGUUACACUAGCUUUUGCAGCCUUCUUCAAGAUGCGAAAAGUUCCCAAAAUCGUUCUGAUGUAAGGAGUGUGAAGCAGUGAUGAAAUUGUGAAUCCUUUCUGAAGGCCUUUACCCUGGUGGAUGGAAAAACUAUAAAAGAAAGCUAUUGUGCAGAGAACAUUCCCUAGGCAUCGAAUAGCUGGGAAUAUGUUUGUGUAGCACCCCUUUCUUCAUUCACAUAAAAAUUGUUCUUGAAGGAUUUUCAGUCAGUUUUCUGUUUUUAUCUGAAUCUAAAAUAUUGCUCUAACUCUCAAAUACAUGAGAAUGCAAAUAAAUAAAAAAAAAAAAAAAAAAAAAAAAAAAGUAAUUAGUUAACAAAGCAGUUUGACAAUCCUAAAUCUACAGGACCCUCAGAGCGCGAAAGAGAGCACACAAGACUGCAGAAAAAUAGCACAGGAGUUGCUUUCAUUGAGCGCAAGAGACAGUCCAUUGACUGUUACCUGUCACAGCUACCCAAUCCCAGAGACACCUGGCCAGCACCUACCUCAUCUGCCUGUUGGAUACUGAUGUGUAUAUGUGACACUCCCACGGCAAUUUAAAAUAGAUAGCACCUCAUAAACAUGGACACAGCGCAUAUGAUGGGACUUGUGUAAUAAUAGAAAUACAUGCUGCCCAUCCCAGAGGAUCUGAUUUAAUAUCUGUUGACCCUCUCUGAAGCUUUGUAACCUGCCUCAUGGCCUAUGAAUUUGGCUCUGAGCAGGUCGGAGUGCACUAAUGAUCAUGUUUUCUGCUAACUGCCCGCUUGUGGUCUGUCCAUGGCAACCCAUUCUCUCCCUUUUUCUGUGCCUGAAACCUCACCCUUCUCUAUACUUGGAACAUGAAGUGUAAUAAGAAGACCUGCUUUGUAAGGGGGUAGAGUAAACCUUUUUUAACAGCAGGUGGUGUAUGUAUGUGUGUGACUGUAGAUAUCCCUUGGUUUAGUUUUAUUUUAAGAUCUGUGCUAUUAAUCAUUCUCUCUGCUACAGUAUUUCUGUAAAGGCUCUCCAUAAAAUGUAAGACCUUUAUUUAGCCAAUAUCUUGAUGAAAUGGGCUUUCUUUUAAACCUGGUUUUAGAGAUGUACCCCUUUAUCCCAAAACACUUUUUAUUACUUGCAAUACUCUGAAGCUGCUGUUCUGCUCUUAUCACGUGAUUCAAAGUCCCGAUUUUUUUUUAUUUUUUAUUUCCUAGCACAGUGCUUGGGUUGGGAAUAGGUGAAGGGAGUUAUUUAUUUGUACUUGUAAUUAUAUUUAUGUAUUACCGCCUUGUGUGAGGGAAAUACAGGGUGUCUUAGAUCUUGGCAAAUACUACAUGCUUUUUUUUUUUUUUAUCAUUUCAUAAUCCUAGAGAGUACAGAUUGAGCACUAGUAAGCUAUAUCCCUGAUCUUUUGGCUUCCAUUUUUCUAAAUGUACAUUGUUUCAAAUUGCAGAACUGCAUUUUAUGUAUCAGAACAGAGAAUAUUUGUUUUACCCAUUUUUACAGGUUACUGUGGCUGUACCUUCCCCAAAACAGACAUAGUGAUUCUGUUUAAAGAGUGCGCGGAUUAAAAUAAAUCAGUGGCGUUAAGCAGCCAAGGGCAUUUAAAAUCAAAGCUAGUGUGAAUAUAUGAGAUUAAGUGCUGUUGCUUUUUAACACAAGCUGCUUCCACAACUGUUUUAAAAGCUGCAAACAUGUACAAAAUAAAGGUAAGUUGUAAAUAAACAAUAGAAAAGAAAACGUCUAAAAAAAAAAAAAAAAAAAAGUUGUGCAUAGUCUGGCACCAUAUUAUUGAAAAACCACUGGACACUAUGAAAGCCUGAAAAUUUGAAAUGUAAUGUUCCCUUCUUUUUUUUUUUUUUUCUUUCUUGCUUUUUACCGAAUUAUUUUGCCUUUCAAGCUCUACAGUGGGAGCUUUACAGUACAUCCCUGUCACUCUUGUGAUAUUAGAUUAUUAUAGAUAUGACAUACAGUAAUGUAGAUUUUAGAUAAACCCUAUACCAUGUUUUUUUUUUUUUUUUUAUACACAAGAUGUAAUCCAGACCCAAGCUUGAAAUACUUGAUUUUUUUUCUGCUUGUAUAAACACUUUCAUUUGCUGUGUUUUGAAUUUAAUUUGGUGUCUGCUUGCAAAUAUUUGUCUUUUUUUUUUUUUUUCCAUAAUAUUUUGUUUCGCCAUUUUUCACUUUUUUUUUUUUAAUUUGUAUUGACGAGAUUCCAUAGGGAGCUGUAAUUUGUGCGGUGAGGAUUCUGUACAGAAGAUUUGUCCUUCGUAGAAAACAUAAAAUUAUUCCUUUUUUAAAAAAAUGAAAAUAAAAACUUGUACGUGGCA